CUUCAUCACACCAGCUCGUCACUCAAACAUCACUCAAUCCACGCGAAUGCGAACGCGCAUAGAUUCACUCAUACCAGACUCUCUAUAUCACUCUGAAGCGGCAGUUGGACUCUGAAGUCUUGACAAUGGCCGAUUCCCAAGUGCCGUCGCGAUCUAAUACUCCCACUAUCGCACCUCCUACGCGCAGACCGUUAGAGGAAGAUCAUGCGCCGGCCGUGUCUUCACCCCUCAAUCCGAACCCAGAUCCAUCGAUACGUUCGCGCGCUAAGCCUCCGCCUCGUGAGCAGCGAGAGAAGCGCGAAACCUUGAAGAAGAGGGAGGCAUCUUCGAACACUCGUGGAAGCACACCGAACCCCAAAUCGGCCAAGAAGGAGCACAAUUCCUCGGAAUCGCCCAUGCGAUAUGCUGUCCCAGAGCCCAAAUUGCCAGACUAUGAGCCUCCCAAGGAUGGCAUGUUUGCCCCACACGAGCCGACACCGCUUUUUACGCCAGACGGCCAAGCAGAAUUAAAGAAACCUCUCGAUCACGCGUGGAACAAGAAGGGAUACAAAUAUACGCAUUGCGUCGCGGACCCUCAAUUUCGACAUAAGCAGUUUUAUCGGUGUAGCGAAUCAAGGCCCUACGGUCCUCGCAUGAGCCACGAGGAUUGCGAUAAAUGGUUUCAUUUCGAUGAUACCGCCACGAUAGUCUGCAAUGAGAAAGGAUGGCGGAUGGGAAGAGGGAAUGUAUGUGCAAGAGAAGGAAGGUUAUAUUACGAAGUGAGAGUCUUGAAGGGCAUACCACCAGUGGGACCAAGGGAUCCCGUGGAUCCUCGUACAGGCCAGACACUCACUGGACCACACAUUCGUAUGGGCUGGGCACGACGAGAGGCGCCGCUCGAUGCGCCCGUAGGCUUCGAUGGAUAUAGUUAUGCCAUUACGGACUCACGUUUUGAAGCAUCACACCGCUGCCGUGCUUCGAAGAUCUUCAAGCCAUUGUCGAAGGGUGCCAAAAGCAAACAUAUGAAGGCACGACCACCUCACGGCAAGCCCAUGCCCGUUGAAUACGUGACUGAUCAGGAAGUUCGCGAAGGAGAUGUGAUUGGGCUGGAGAUUCAGCUUCCGGCUCUCUCUUUGCACCGCAAAGUGGUAGAGGGCAUCUACAAUCCCGCUGUUGACUUGGGCGAUGGUUUCGACGCGCCCAGUAUGCCACAAGAUCAGUGGAACCAAGAGAAACCUCACGACAUCGUUCGUGACCGCAUCCCAGUUCCAUAUAAAGGCAACUUUUACUUCGAGAUUAUGGAUUUCACUGUCACCAAACCCGUAGAGGCAUAUCAUGACCGAGGCCCUGUUCCCAAAGUCCACCCCUCACCGAAUCACGAAGAAGUCAGCGUUCGAUCCCUUCCCCAUUCACACAUCAAGGUUUACAAGAACGGCGUUGAGGUCGGCAUAGCCUUCGAGAACAUACUUGCCUUCCUCCCUCCCGCCAGUCAACCAUCCAUCGAAGCGAUCAAGUCAGGAGCGAGAGUCGGCUAUGACGAUGGCAUGGUGGGCUACUUCCCAUGCAUAUCAGCAUUCAACGGCGGAAUGGCCGAGGUCAACUUCGGUCCUAAUUUCUGGUGCCCACCUCCCGAGAUACUCAAGCAGCAAGAGAAGGACACGGAGAUGUUUGCGACCAACACCCCGGAACCCACGGUACCGGAAGGUCGCAAGCUGCGCGCUGUGGGGGAGAGAUACAAGGAGCAGAUUGCGGAGGACGUGGUGUGGGAUAUCAUCGACGAGGUAGACUUCUUCUCGCAGGACGGUGGAUGGGAAUAUCGUGGCGAGACUCUAGAGCACGAAGUAGGAAAGUCUACUCCCAAAGCUCGAGGCUUUGCCAAUCCGGAUGAGAAUUUGGGAGUUGAAGUCGGGAGAAGAUACUAGAGGCUUAGAGAUAGUUACACGACAUUGCGCCCUGCGCAACAACCCUUGCCCAUUGUGGUGUGACGGUGGUGGCGGUCAGCAGGCGCUCAAUUUCCUUCGUUAAUCUGGGACAUGAUAUUUGACAACUCAGAUCUGAAGCCAUCUCAGAAAAUUCCAAACACCUACUACUACCCACCACGCGCGUUAGCGCAUCCUACAUACAAGCAUGUGAGGUUGAAUAUUUGACAUUCCACGCCCUAUGAACUACA